CGACAAAGUAGCUGCAGAGUGGCCUCCCUUACAUCCCUCGUGACACGCACUUCCGGUCAAUUAUAGCAGACGUUCCGGUGGCCGCCUGCUUUCAAGAUGAUCCAUAGUCUGUUUAUCAUCAACAACACCGGAGAUGUUUUUAUGGAAAAACACUGGAGAAGUGUCAUCAAUAAAUCCAUAUGCGAUUAUUUUUUUGAGGCACAAAGUAAGGCAUCUAAUCCAGAAGAUAUUUCCCCAAUCAUCUCAACACCCCAUCACUACCUCAUCAACACUUUCCGUAACAACUUGCAUUUUGUAGCUGUGGUGACAACUGAAGUUCCUCCUCUCUUUGUUCUGGAGUUCUUGCACCGUGCCUGUGACACAUUUGAAGAUUACUUUGGUGACUGCACUGAAUCCAUAUUAAAGGAACACUAUGUAAUUGUCUUUGAGCUGCUGGAUGAGAUGCUGGACAAUGGUUUUCCACUGGCUAUGGAGAUGAAUGUUCUGAAGGAACUGAUAAAACCUCCCAACUUCCUGAGGACCAUCACUGACACCGUGACUGGCAAGUCAACGAGCGUGGGAGCCACCCUGCCAACGGGCCAGCUUUCAAACAUUCCAUGGCGCCGCACAGGUGUCAAGUACACCAAUAAUGAGGCAUACUUUGAUGUCAUUGAGGAAAUUGAUGCAAUUAUUGAUAAAAAUGGCACCACAGUCAUUGCAGAGAUCCAAGGCUAUAUUGACUGCCUUAUUAAGCUGAGUGGUAUGCCAGAUUUGACAUUGACAUUCAUCAAUCCAAGGCUUCUAGAUGAUGUCAGUUUUCAUCCUUGCGUGCGCUUCAAGCGAUGGGAGUCAGAAAAGAUCCUGUCCUUUGUGCCUCCAGAUGGUCACUUCCGUCUCAUGUCUUACCAUAUCGGCAGCAACAACAUGGUAGCCAUUCCAUUGUACUUGAGGCACAACAUCAGCUUCCGAGAAGGCAGCAGCGGUCGUUUUGAUGUGACAGUUUGCCCCAAACAGACUAUGGGCAAGACAGUGGAAAAUGUUGUUCUAGAAGUGCCCUUUCCUAAGACUGUCCUAAAUGCUAACUUGACCCCCAGCCAGGGGAAGUACUCCUUUGACCCUGUUUCAAAGUUGAUGACUUGGGAUAUUGGGAAAAUUGACACCUCCAAACUGCCUAACAUCAAGGGAACUAUAAGCUUGCAGACAGGCGCGGCAGUACCGGAAUCUAACCCAACGAUAACUGUGAUGUUUACAAUAAACCAGAUGGCUGUGUCUGGGCUGAAAGUAAACCGCCUUGACAUGUAUGGCGAGAAGUACAAGCCUUUCAAAGGGGUGAAGUACGUUACCCGUGCUGGCAAGUUUCAGGUGCGGACCUAAUAGUGAUGUCUACAUCCUGAGCAGGAAAAAAUAGUGAUUUAAAUUUGUGGCAAACAUAAAUUGGUGAGAACAAUUAUCUUUGGAAAGGACAUGUAUGGAAUGUCUUCUUUGGGAAAAAAGUAAAAAGGUUUGCACAUUGUUGUGCAUCAGCUGGUGGUAAAUUAUGACUCACAGAGUUCAUGAUUCUGUCAGAAGCAGUAUACCUCUUCUGAACUGAACUGUGCUGAAGCUUCAAGUCAUGCAGCCAAAUUAUAGCAUGGAUUGAAGCAGUUUAAAUUAAGAAAUUUUGAUUAUAGCUUCAGUAUUGAAUGUGGAUAUUAAGUGUUAAGCUGUGAUGUAAAGUGCUUGCUGUCAAUGGAAAGGAGGCCAUCAAGAAUAAGAAAGACGGUGGGGGGAGAGAUGGAAGAAAGGAAGGAACGAAAUGUUCAUGUUUUGUUCAUUGUUUGUUGAGUUAUGAAAAAGCCUGUGUUAGCCAAUUACAAAGAUUCAGUGGUCUGAGAUUCAUUACAUCGUAGCAUCUGAACACAUUCACUGCUAACACUAAAGGCACAUUAAAAGUGACAGCAGUUUGGAACGUGCAUGUCAUGAUUACAUAAUUACAAUAUAUCAAUGGAAGGGGCAACCUGUACAGUGCCAGAAUCAUUAAUUUAUGCCAAUAUCGCCCUCUGUUCAUUUUCCUCAUUUGUAGUGGAUUCUAUGAAAAUGAUGAAAAGUCUUUCAGUAAGUUAUUCCUCCUCUUUUUUCCAAAUCUUGUGUAGGGAUUUAAGGGGGUUUUAGAGUCUUCCCAUUCUUUUUUUAAAUUUUUUUAAUAUUGUCAAGCUGUACACUUUCAAGUAUCCAGGAAGCUCAGUGAUAUUCACUGCAUGUGUUUUGUGAGGACUAGGCUACUUUUGUGUGCUGCACCAUGACCAGCCUGAGCUGAGGGCAAAAGUUUUAUUCAAAUGACUUUAGCUUUCUGUAAGAUGCCGAGUCCCACAAUUUGAGCAGGUAACUGCCUUCUGUUUAUCCGGUGCAUGCAUAUAUUCUUAGCAAAAUGUUUGCAGUGAAGAAGGUUGUUUGAUUUUAGAACAUUGGCUGCACCUAAUUAUCUGUCAUCUGUUUUGCUGAUACAAAGUUAUCUGUCCAGCAUAGUGAUAUCACAAGUAUGAUCUCAGUAGAUAUGUUUGAAAUUUACCAUUUGUACUGGUCUCUAAGAGAGGCGUUAGAGGAAGAAAGCUUUGAUGUGUAAGUUAGUGUUAAACCAGUCUAUUUUUUGUCCACAAGAGUAAAAAUGCAAAACUGCAGCUGAAUCACUUGAAGUCUUUCUGAACUGUCUGUUAAAAGGAGCUGUAAUUUAGUUACUAUAAGUUUCUUAAAGAAUAUUAAAAGUCCUAUUUGUUUGUAAGGUACUGUCAUUGUUUAUUUUAUAUGCUUUCAUAAAAUUUUGUUCAGUAAUUCUUUGAAGUUUUGCAAUGCUCAAAUUUUGAUGACAUGAAUAACAAUAUACUCUUGAAGCAUGAAAUCUAUAUUGUUGAGUUGAUUUUUGUCUUUUCUAAAACAUGGCAUUGUACUGAAACAUAUUCAUUGAUGUUAUGGAAGCAACAGAAACUUUGGGUGCCUACCUGAUAUAAACUACCUUGUAAAUGGUGAUGAAGAUGAUUUUAACCUUGAUCAUGCAACAUGAAAAUAUCUGGUUUACCAAUGUAGUGAUUAUUUCUUUUCUUUUUGUUUUGUUCCGAGUAUCAAUUGAAAGUCUGUAAUUAAAAAAAAAACAACUACUC